ACCCUGCAGACAGCUGUGCACUUAGUCAGAGGCUAGACUGGCACACACACUAGCAAAGAACAAAGCAGGAAGAGGGGAGAGAAUUCGCUGAAGUUACUUAGCCGUGUCCCAGCGCGCUCUAGGGCAGGUGACACUGAUGCAGAUUUCUCCAGGCAUGGGGUUUGACAGUUUCAUCCCCGCCCACUGGCUAUAGAGCAUAAUAAAAAGCUCUGUAAACACAGAGAAGGGGAAGAAGAUCCGGAGCUUGCCCACCGAGCGCAAACUCUCUCUGCCGCCUCUGCAGGGAAGCCAGGCACCAUGCACGUGAAUGGCAAAGUGGCGCUGGUGACGGGGGCAGCGCAGGGCAUAGGGAAAGCUUUUGCUGAAGAGCUUCUGCACAAAGGCGCCAAGGUAGCCCUGGUGGAUCUCAAUCUGGAAGCAGGUGAAAAAUGUAAAGCCUCCCUGGAUGAGCUGUUCGAGCCCCAAAAAACGCUGUUUCUUCAGUGUGAUGUAGCAGAUCAGGAACAACUGAGAGAUACAUUUCGAAAAGUAGUUCAACAUUUUGGAAGAUUGGAUAUUUUGGUCAAUAAUGCUGGAGUGAAUAAUGAAAAACACUGGGAAAAAACUGUGCAGAUUAAUUUGGUGUCUGUGAUCAGCGGAACAUAUCUUGGACUGGACUACAUGAGUAAACAAAAUGGAGGCGAUGGAGGAGUUAUUAUCAACAUGUCAUCUCUGGCAGGACUUAUGCCUGCUGCACACCAACCAGUAUACUGUGCUUCCAAGCAUGGAAUAAUUGGAUUCACACGUUCUGCUGCUAUGGCAGCUCACAAUAUGAAUACCGGUGUGAGAUUAAAUGUCAUUUGCCCAGGUUUUGUUAACACACCAAUCCUUGAGUCCAUUGAUAAAGAAGAGAACAUGGGACAAUAUUAUGAAUACAAAGAUAGUAUCAAAGAUAUGAUGAAAUUUUAUGGAAUAUUAGAUCCAUCAAUCAUUGCCAAAGGAUUGACAACCAUCAUAGAAGAUGACACUUUAAAUGGUGCAGUUAUGAAGAUCACAACAUCUCAGGGAAUUCACUUUCAAAACUAUGAUGCAAUUCCAUAUCAGUCUAAAAUUCAGUAAACAUUUCAUGAAUUGACAACAUCUGAAUAGAAGUACCAUGGAUGUACUCAUGUAUUUCUGGACUUGAGUCAUAAUAUAGAAGCUAUCUGUUUUAAAGAUAUUUUACAGCAUAAGUCUUUUCAUGAGAAAACCUACAAUGAAGAAUUGUGUUUGAGUGGGAAAAGGUUAAUGUGUUAUUAACAUUUUUUCCUUGUGGUCUAUUAAGAACGUGAUUAAUAGUUAUAAUAAUUCUGAUACACAGAAUGGACAUGGAAACUUAAGCUAUGAGGAAUACAGAAGGGUGUUGAAAUACUAAUAUGCAUUUUAAAAAUCUAAUUAAGUAGGGCGGCUAGGUGGCACAGUGGAUAAAGCACCGGCCCUGAAUUCAGGAGUACCUGAGUUCAAAUCCAGCCUCAGACACUUGAUACUUACUAGCUGUGUGACCCUGGGCAAGUCACUUAACCCCCAUUGCCCUGCAAAAAAAACAAAACAAAACAAACAAACAAACAAAAAAAUCUAAUUAAGUCAUUGGUGCACAAAUGAUAUUAUUUUUUCAGAACCAUCAUGUCUUGUUUGAUUUUUGUUAAAUACUUGAAUUAUUCUUUCAAGGCUGAUAGAAAUAUGUUAUAAAUAAUUGUAUUUCUGUGCAUCACUGGUUUAAAUGAGUUAAGCUAUAUGACAUGGCAAAUGCUCAGUAAUAAUACCUUUAAUACUUACUGUCUAUUCUUUGAUCUGAGCAACUCCCAUUCUUAACAUUUUGUUGUUGUUGUUGUUUACUGGGCAAUGAGAGUUAAGUGACCUGCCCAGGGUCACACAGCUAAGUAAGUGCCAAGUGCCUGAGGUCAGAUUUGAACUCAGGUUCUCCUGAUUCCCAGGCUGGUGCUUUAUCCACUGUGCCACCUAGCUGUCCCUAUUCUUAACAUUUUUAACUAAGCAUAUUUAUCGUGCCUUCCUUUGAAGGAAUUGAAGGAAUCAAUUACAGGUGAUAUCCUUACCACAGAGGGGAAGAAAAUCAUUAACUAAGAAUAGAAUUUGGGACUAUUGAUUUCACAGUACAGAUUCCUGUCUUAGAAGGCAGUGUUUGCCUUUCCAUUUUUUAGUCACAGCUUUUUGUUUCUGAUUGAUUGGUCUACUUAAUCAGCUAUCUCUGAAUUCAGAAUUCUGAACUAUAACUUCAAAAACUUUAAUAUUAGACUUUAGGGGCAGUAUAUGUUGUAUUUGUAAUUCAAGUUUUAGAAGUGUCAUGAAGAAAGAAAAGGAAAAGUCACCCCCCCAAAUAAAAUUUAGAUACUAUUUUAUGAAAAAAAAUGCAACUGGAAUGUGUAUUUCAAACUCAAUUUUCCUUUUAGCCAAUUUGCAUGGAUUUCAAAAUCACCAGGCUUUCACUAAAAUCAUUGGAUUCAAAUCUCUAAAAUAUUACUUAGUACUCUCAAAUUGGAUGAGAAUCCAUCUCUUUCACUACUCAGGAACUGAUUUGGCAAUAGCUGUGGCAAAAAGCCACAAAACACAAUAAUAAAAAUAUCCAUGAAAUAUUGCCCUUUUGCCACUAGCAUAAUUACACACUCUAGGGCCAGUAAGUUCUAUGGAUAUGUGGCAAAUGGAAGAUCUGGCUACCUUACCUGGGGUGUACAAAAAUAUUUUUGCUGCACCAAGUUAAAGUAACCUGUACUCCAAUAGGUGCUGCAACCACUCAAUGGUGAAGGCUCAAGAUUCUUAACUUAGUCACUGCAUCCUGGAGAUCAGUGAAUCUACUCUGCCUGCUGAAUCAUAGGCUUCCUAAUUUGAGUCAAGUCCUCUGGGCUGAGCAACAAGUAACUAAUGUAUUUCUCUCUCUCUCUUUUUUUUUUUUUUUUAGUGAGGCAAUUGGGAUUAAGUGACUUGCCCAGGGUCACACAGCUAGUAAGUGUUAAGUGUCUGAGGCCGGAUUUGAACUCAGGUACUCCAGACUCCAGGGCCGGUGCUCUAUCCACUGCGCCACCUAGCCGCCCCUAAUGUAUCUCUUAAAGGAGAGAAGAUAGAUGUUGAGAGGGUUUUCAUACAUAUGAUCCAAUAUGUGUUAAUGACUAAAAUUCUGUGGUAUUAACAAGGUGUGACUCACUGCUGGCUAUUUCCUGGAGCUCACUAAGGAAGCUUUUGGGACAGUUAGACUCAACAAGGCAGACUCCAAUGGAAGAAGAUUCACUUGCCCUUUGAUGGAGAUAAGUUGGGAAUAGGCUAUGUCACAUCCAGGUAUAGAACUCUCCACAAACAUACAGUGAGCACCCAUGCAUUGAAUGUCACUACUAUAAGCCGUAUUUUUUUUUUGGGGGGGGGGGCUUUUUUCCUUUUCUCUCUACGACAUGAAGUCAUACUUUGAAAUGUGUGUACAGUAAUUUUGUAGACCUAUCCUGCAUCCUGGCAGCUCUCAUCAAGUACAUUCUGUGAUGGAAAUAUUCUUUUUCAAGAACUAUCCAUAGCAGACAUUGAAAAGCAAUAGCUGAGCAGCACCAAAUAAAAAUGUGAGUGUAUAUAUUAAAAAAGUCUGUUCACCUUUUAAAAAAUUGUGUAAAUAGUGUUCAUAAUUCUGCAAUAUGAUAUACUACAUUAGCUUAUGAGUAGGGGAAAGAAAUCACUUCCUAUGUUGGAAAAAUCCCAGCUUGGUGUGUAUAUUCUAAACAUAGUUACCUCUUAUUUUUAUAUCACCAGUGAUUAUUCCAGUGGAGAGAAAGUGCUUCCCCAGUUUCUAUUUUUCUUUUGUGAAUACAGAACUUUCUUCCUUAGAUCCUCUUCCUGCUUCCAAGGCACACAAUAAUUGACACUUAGUUACAAAGGAUACAAGCAACUUAUUUUUUCUCUGUGUAACUAACCUGACCGUCUAGGUUGGACUGGGAGAAGAUGGAAAAUGUUGAUUUGUCUUACGUAUUUAGAAUUUCUCCUUUGUGGCUGAAUGAAUAUUGAAAACUGAAGGGGAUCAAAGAUGUAAAUUUUAAAUAAAAUUUAAUGUAUUUAAUGUA